AUGGCCGUGGGGUCUCCGGCCUCCGGACCCGCCCCAGGUUCCCACGGGCCCCGAGCCAAGGCCAAGCGCCUCGGGGGACUUUCCUCGUCCGUAAAACGGGAUAACGGCAUCUACAUCCUGGCUUGUUGUGGGGGCUACGUGCAGGCUGGCCCCUCCUACUCCAGGACGCCAGCCACCAGGGUCACAGUUCCCUCAGCCUUGAACUGGGCCAACGGCAGCUCCUUCACAGACCUGGGUAUGGGGCUGCGCCAACAGGCUGCACCAAGCAGCAGCUCUCUGCUGCCCCCACCGCCCCCACCUCCUGAGUGUUGGGUCGGCCCCGAGGGCGUGGGGCACCCGAACCCUUCCCUGGCAGCGACAGCGACUCGCCUUCCUGGCGCGCCCAGCAGUUUGCAGAAGUCGGAAUCGGGCACCGAGGAGUUCGAGCUUAACGGCGACCUGCGCGGGCUCGCCGGACGCCCGGUAAGCCCCCCAUCCCGCUGGGGCAGGAACCGGCCCAUUAACGUGAACCAUUACGCCAACAAGAAGAGCGCGGCGGAGAGCAUGCUAGACAUCGCGCUGCUGAUGGCCAACGCGUCCCAGCUGAAGGCCGUCAUCGAGCAGGGCCCCGGCUUCGCCUUCUUCGUGCCCCUGGUGGUCCUCAUCUCCAUCUCCCUCGUGCUGCAGAUCGGCGUGGGCGUGCUGCUCAUCUUCCUCGUCAGGUACGACCUCAACAACCCCGCGAAGCAUGCCAAGCUGGACUUCCUUAACAACCUGGCCACCGGCCUAGUCUUCAUCAUUGUCGUGGUCAACAUCUUCAUCACUGCCUUUGGCGUCCAGAAGCCCGUGAUGGAUGCAGCACCCCGGCAGUAGGGGUUCAGAUGCCCCCAGAUCGCACCUGGCCACAGCCACCCAGGUCCCAGGAGCCGCUUCACCCUUGAGGCCCACGUCCCUGUGAGAGGCCCUUCCCAAAACUGGAAGAGCCCGGGCGGGCCUGCUAGACCGUGUCCUGGGACGAGCCGCCAGUGGUUAGGCCCCUGCAGGCCAGCGCAGGGCCCCUGGAGUCGGGCCCAGGAGGCCGAACUGGGAAAGGGCCGUGGCUGGCGUGGACACACAGCGGCCCAAAGAUGGGGGUGAGAGGCCCGGCCGGCGUUGGCCUCAGGACGUUUCCAGAGGGACAAGGAGACCCCCACCCUCUGCCAGUGCAACAAGCAUCUGGCCUCGAGCCCCCCAUGCCGAUGACCUGUGGCGUCUGUGCUUCCUGACCCGGGACUCUGGACCUCAAGCGCCCUGGGCCACGGGCCCUGCCCAUGCCUUCCACCAGCAGUGACGGGGCAGAGCCCCCACUUUUAUAAGCACCAGUGACCAAUAAAGCUAAUGCACCUCC